GAAGAAAACAUUUACGAUAAUAAUUAUUGUACAAAAACUACUUAAAUAGCAUGAUUGUGCAAAAUACGAGUAUGCUGUGUUGAAUUGUAACGGGCCCUUACUGAACGGCGCACAGUACAGCAGGUACUGGAAUAGUGCGAUAAAGAGAAAGUGCAUAAUUGCUUCAAUCUUGAAAUGAAAAGCAUAAACAAUUAAAUUUAAAUCAAAACAAAAUAUUUAUACGCAGGAACCAGAGUACUAGCAUAAACAAGACAAAGCUGGAGCAAAACAAAUAUUAAGAGUGAUAACUUCAUCUAAUGAGGCCCUUAAAAGUAUUGAUUACAAGCAAGUAGGCGAGUAGAUAACACAUACUAACUAAUGUGUAAACUAAAAAUGAUAUAAAUCGUUGACAUUCAAAAUAAGUAAAUAUUCAGAGCAGCUUGAGGGUAAAUAAACUACAGUGAAACGUAAUAAGCUGCAAGAUUAAUUAUAACUGUACAAGGAAUACCACGGGAAUUGCUAACAUAUACAUAAUUAACAAUUUCAUCGAUUUAGCGUUCACUGGAUUUUCAUGAAAAAGUAAAAUUAAUUAAUUUGCCUGACAUUUUUGUGCGCGAAUUUAAAAAAAUUCAACCCUGAGCAAACUCAUUAUGAUUCAGAGAACACUGUGCGAUCAUACAACAAAUACAAACGCAUGGCAAAUUGUUAGUUACAAUAAAAAAGCUCAAAUAAAAAACCUUCACAAGGCGAAAGGUGGAGGUGGUGGAAAUACCGACAAAUCAAAUGCGCAAAUUAAAAAUAUAACGUUAAAUAAGAAUUCGCUCCCAAAAAAAGAACCCUCAACGACUGUUUUGCUUUUGAGAGCAACAGCGGCGAGUAGGCGAAAGAUCUCAAGGACGAACACAUCAACAAGUUCGACACAGAAUUUGACGCCUUGUGUUACCUCAGCAGUUAAGCAGAAAAGACCCACUGUUGCCAAAACAAAAACAAUCGCACUCGAAGUUGGCAAAGUACCAACUCAGCAGCAAGAAAAUUUGCAGCAUCAACAACAGCAACACGUUUAUAGACAACAGUCACCCUUGUUGCAUGUUCGGCGUAGGCGUGCAAAUCAAGAAAUCAGACAAAUUAAACGUGCACACCGACAUCUUUUGACUAGUGGUGGUUGUGACUGGCAGCGCCAUCAAGCGACCACUAGUUCGCCUGCAGGUGCGGCAACCUUACGCAAACAACAAAACGUCAACUGUCAAACGAAGUCAACCAAAACUUGUCAUAGUCACACAAACAGCUGUGACUGCUCAGUAACAAAGAAGAAACAUCAAAAGUGUCAGCAGUCGCAACAACAAAAACAGCAACAGCUGCAACACCAACAGAAGAGAAAAUUGCAAAAUUCGGCGAAAAAUGCCCAUAGUGGCGGAGGAGCAGGUAGUAAAAGUAACAGAAAAAUAAAUCAGCCGAAAGGAACGGCGACAAACAAAUCUAUAACCACUUAUGCAGAGUCUGUUAUUUCAUCACGUUGGGACUCUAUUGAGGAACAAUUAAAUUAUUUGGAGAAACUUCUGUACUGCUGUGAUGACGAGGAAGAUGUUUGCAGUGUUUGGAAUUGUAAUAUAAGCAAAGCAUACGAUUGCAACGGUGAGCGCAAAAGGUCAGUAGAAUUUUACUACGACGGUGAUUACGACGUCGACGACGACUACGAGAGUGACUGGAGUAUUGUGUGGAGCGAAUCAGACAUGUCAACUGAAGCUAAAGAUGUCGAAGAUGUGGACGUGCAGUCCACUACAAGUGGCGCCGGAUCUGCAUCCACGAGAACAUCACCUGUAGUACCUACCUCACUAAAACGACGCGGACAUCAGCAUCACCCACGUUUCUCAGGAACCCGCCGUCCUAAUAUUCCCAAUGUACAAGAAAUACUCGCUGCCCUUUAUCGCGGUGAUUCACAAAGUGUACUCACCAAUUUACGUCAAGUAGCCCAAGCUGUUGAAGAAGAGAGUGCUACUGGUAUCGGUGCUGGAGCGUGUAGUGAUGUGGAGACUAUUUCCUCCACAAUGGGAGACUCACAAUAUACAGAUGAGCCAGAAGAAGAAUUGGAUUUGCAACUUACAAAACCUUCAAUGCUCAAUUUGCAACUAACUGAUUCAGUAACCACCUCAAUGGGCAGUAACAGCCCAACACCCACGGAUGACAGUAGUAUGGUGGAUGAAGGUGUGGUAAGCGCACAAACGCCCACCAGCACUACCACAGCUGAGAGUGUAACACCGAAAUCAAAUAAAAGUAGAUCCAAACGUGAUAAAACGGAAAAGUCAGAACGAUCGGAGAAGAAAAAGAAAAAGAAGGAUAAAAGUAAACGCGCUUCCACUUGUUUUGAUGCAGAAGGUAAUAUGACAAGUUCAGGUGAUGCUAAUGCAGCCGCUGAUGAAGGCAUUGCUAUUGAUGAUGAGGAUGUGCAAGCAGCUGAAUGGGCGAAAUUGCGAUGUACCAGCGAAGCUGCUGAAAUCGUAGCGGAACGAGAGGCGCGACGCAAUAAAGGUCGAUGUGCAGACUACCCCGGUCUUGCGUUUGGACGCUCCAUUUUUAGCUCUGAUACUAUGAUGAAGUUCAACAUCAUACGCAACGAAUUGCAUAACAUCAUGAAAACGCAGCUUAAAAGGGCCGAAUCAGAAGUAGCUGCAUUGAACCGUCGCAUUCAAUUGCUCGAAGAAGACUUGGAACGUUCAGAGGAACGUUUGGGAUCAGCCACAGCCAAGCUUUCCGAAGCUUCUCAAGCUGCCGAUGAGAGCGAACGGAUACGAAAAGCUCUCGAAAAUCGUACAAAUAUGGAAGACGACAGAGUAGCUAUUUUGGAAACUCAAUUAGCGCAAGCAAAAUUAAUUGCCGAAGAGGCUGAUAAAAAAUAUGAAGAGGUCGCUAGAAAGUUAGUCCUCAUGGAACAGGAUCUGGAACGUUCCGAGGAAAAAGUUGAAUUAAGCGAAAGCAAAAUUGUGGAACUUGAGGAAGAACUCCGUGUUGUUGGUAACAACUUGAAAUCCCUUGAAGUUUCGGAAGAGAAGGCCAACCAACGUGAGGAAGAAUACAAGAACCAAAUCAAGACCUUGAACACCCGUCUAAAGGAGGCUGAAGCCCGUGCUGAAUUCGCUGAACGUUCCGUUCAAAAAUUGCAGAAGGAAGUCGACAGGCUCGAAGAUGAUCUAAUGAACGAGCGCAAUAAGAACAAACUGCUGCAGGAAGAAAUGGAAGCCACUCUGCAUGAUAUUCAAAAUAUGUGAAUACCACUUACUACACCUACGCCACUGCCACUCCCACUCGCUCGAUUGUGGCCUCCUCCUAAACAUGUAUACAUACAUGCAAACAUAAAUACUUACAUACACACUAUUUUACUACGAUUACAAUGAAAGAACUACAUUAAACAACACCAACAACAACAACUUCGUAACAAAUACAAAAGUAUGCAAGAAUAUAGUAGAUAGUGCCUUUGCUGCCUAUGAACGAGGUGCCUAUGGUCCUCCUGAUGUCGAGUCAGCGGAGUGGGUAUCCUUCCAUAAUGUUAAAAUAAUUAAAAAUAAUUCAAGUUAUUUAAAGCAUUUUGUUGCAAAGCGAAUCGUGCAGUGAAACUCUAACUAGAGCUACAACAGCAACAGCAAAUGAUGUAAACAAAAAAAAAAACAAAAACAACAAAUCGCUAAAACGAAAUAUUUUUAUUUAUUUUUAAAAGCGACAACAAACAAAACAAAAACACAAAUAUUUCCACUAAUAUUCAUUUUUAAAUUAUGAGUGAAAGAAACAUUCUUAAAGAAAAAACAAAUAACUAUAUAAAUUUAUUAAAAAAAGCGAUUGAAACAUAAUACUAAUUUGUAACUUUACGUUUGCAUUUUUGAACAUUCCAAUUAUUGAGAAAAAACCCAUUUUAUAUACACAUUGUCUUAGAAUAACUUUCUCACUUCAAAGAGUGCUAAAACUAUUACGAAAUAUAGUAUACAAAGCAAUUCUUUUUUAUAAUUUUCCUGACAUCAAUAUCGAAAUUGUCCUUUCGUUGCAAUAUAAUAUAUGGUACAUAUCUUCAUAUGCUUUUCUUUUGUUUAUAAAGUGUUUUAAUUUCAGUUUUAUAUUUUAUUUUUAAUUUAUUUUACUCGUAUACUUCCUGAUUGUUGCGUUUGUUGCUAAUAAAUUACAUAACUAAAAAAGUUUAAAAUUAAAAAAUAUUUGUAUUAAUAUAACAUUGCAACAAUUGCACUGUUGCAUUGAACGCGAAGAUAUUAAUUUAUAAUUUUAUUUUAAUUUAGUUAUUUUAUUUUAUUUUGAAUUUUGUGCGCUUGUAUGUAAUUUUCUGUUUAAUGCUAUUUACUUGAUUAUUGUAAAGUAAGAGACAUCUGCAAAAAAAAAAGGAAAAAGAUUUAACUCUCAAGCGUUUUAUGUGUAAUAUCUGUUUAAUUUUUAAGAAUUUUCCUACUGCCUUUAUCCCCACUAUCCUGUCUUUCAAACUCCACUUCCUAUUAUCCACUCACAGACAACAAUAAAAUUAGUAACAAAUUGUAAACAAACAAAGAAACCAGAAAACAAAUUGACUUUGCUGUUGUUUAAAUUAAAACAAUUUUAAAACUCAUUUCUUAGUCUCCAGUAAAUGUAAAAAAAUGA